AUGGUCUCCAAACCUCUUGAUGGGAAGAAGUUCACCAUUAAUGAAAGUGCCAUUGUAUGGAAUCACAAGUUUCAGCAGGUACCUCCCCAUGCCAGAUGUGUAGAGAGCUGCCGUCAGGGGUACAGCAGAGUUGUUCAGGAGGGAAAACAUAUUUGUUGCUACAAUUGUAGACAAUGUUCUGAAGGAAGAAUUUCAAUUGAAACAGAUGCUAACCAAUGUGAGAGAUGCCCAGCGGAUCAGUAUUCGAAUGAAGAAAAGAUCCAAUGCCUUCCCAAACGUUUCAGCUAUUUAUCCUAUGGUGAACCCUUGGGAAUCGUUUUGAUUUCCUUGAUCCUUUUCUUUUCAUUAGUUGUCAUUUUGGUGGCACUGGCCUUCAUUCUGCACUGGGACACCCCCAUUGUCAAAGCCAACAACAGGAACAUCACAUGCAUCCUUCUUUCCUCUCUCCUGCUUUGUUUUCUGUGCUCUCUGCUCUUCAUAGGUUGGCCUGGGAAGGUGACUUGCUUUCUCAGGCAAAUUAUGUUUGGCAUCAUUUUCUCUCUCUCGGUUUCUUGUGUCUUGGCCAAGACCAUCACGGUUGUUUUGGCCUUCCUGGCCACUAAGCCAGGAAACCAGAUGAGGAAAUGGCUAGGAAACAGACUGGCAGGAUCCAUCAUUGUCUUCUGCUCAUGUAUUCAAGCUAUUAUCUGCCUGAUAUGGUUGAUCAUGUCUCCUCCCUUCCCUGAGUGGGACAUGCAUUCACAGGUUCAAGAGAUCAUUGUUCAAUGUAAUGAAGGCUCAGAUGCCAUGUUUUACAUUGUCCUGGGCUACUUGGGGCUCCUGGCCACCAUCAGUUUCACUGUGGCUUUCUUUGCCAGAAAACUGCCUGAUACUUUUAAUGAAGCCAAGCUGAUCACCUUCAGCAUGCUUGUGUUCUGUAGCAUUUGGGUGUCCUUCAUCCCAGCCUAUCUGAGCACCAAGGGGAAAUACAUGGUGGCUGUGGAGAUCUUCUCCAUCUUGGGCUCUACUGCAGGUCUCCUGGGUUGCAUCUUCCUGCCCAAAUGCUACAUCAUUCUCCUGAACCCACAUCUGAACACCAAACAGCAUCUAACCAGGAGGACAGAUUAACAAUGAAUAAUUCUGUAAUUCAGCCUUUACCUGGUUACCAAAAACAUUCAUGGGAAAAGUCCAAAUAUUCAAGCUCGCAAACUUCAUCAUGCAAUUCAAUGCUAUUUCUUUUCUUUAUAUAUGUAACAUAUAUAAUCAAUUUCUAAGGCUUUAUCCGAGCUGUAGAACAGUUAAAUAGUGAAAUCCUAUACUGUAAUUUUUUGGCAUUUUUCUGGUGAUCGUGAGUAAUCUUAGGGGUGAUCUGAAAUAUUGAAGAAAGCCAGGAAUAUGUAAUUGAAGCUGUCCCUUUAAGGAAGUGUGCCUGUUCCAUUACAGGCUUGCCUUAUGAAACACUCUGCCCCUAAUCUUUGGCAGACUUCUUCCAUCCUAGCCUUCCAUGCAGCUUUGAAGACCUGGCUUUUCCACCAAGUGCUGGGUCAGAUUAGCUGGCUGGGUAUUUGUAGUUUUUAAUAUUUUGAUUUAUUUUUUUUUAUAGUUUAAGUAUUAUUUUAUAGGUUGUUUUAACUUUUGAUUGGGAACCACCAUCUAGAGUUGGUUAGAAGAUAGUUAGCUGUAUAAAUGUUUGAAAAUAAAUAAACAAAUAAACAAAU